AUGAAACCCAAACUCUCCCGCAUCCUCCACCUAACCGCCUUCACCUUCCUCUCCAUCGUCCUCCUCUGCCUAAUCCUCCUCACCCCCUCCGACGCAAUCUACCAAUGCUACGUCACCCAACGCCUAAUCAACAUCUUCUUCAUCGCCGGCGCCUACAUCGUGACUUUUAUCCUGGCCGUGCUCAUCUACGCGACUCGCAUAUACACAAAUCGCAGCGUGUUAACGGGGAUCCCCAAGGCGUGGAUACCGGUUGAAAAGGAGGAUGUCGGGGGUAGUGUGAGGAGACUCGUGAUGGAGGGGUUAGCACGAAGCGCGGUUAUCGCAUACCAGGCUAGACCCAGGGACGUCCUUGUUGAGGAACAAACCCAGACGCAGACGCAGAGCCAGCAGGUACAAGCGCAGCAGGAGCAGGGACUUGUUGUGAAUCGCGACCGGCCGCCAUGGGGAAAUAUCGAGCAUCCGGGGUGGUCGUCGCCGGAGUCGCGGGAUUUGCCGGAUCUGCCGUAUCGCACUGUUAUUCAGGAACUGCCGCGUUUGAUCGAGGCGAAGGCUGUUUCGCUUGCGCCGCCGGAUCCCGUUUUUACGGCUACGAGUUAUAGUGCCCAGGGAGGGGGGCUGGAGCAGGAGCAGGCGAUUCCGGAUACGCGGGUUGUGGAGGUUUUACAGCGACGGGCGUCGAUGGGGGUGAGGGAGUAUAUUCAGCGGUUGACUGCGAUGAAGGUUAUACGGCCGCCGGAGGUUGGGGCGGAGUUUGUUGCGCUGUAUGAACGGGCGCGGUUCUCGGCGCAUGAGCUGUUUGAGUGUGAAUUCCGGGAAUUGAUGCAUGUGUUUGCGGAGGUGUUGAGGGGGAUGAAGGGGCUUGGGCCGGAGAAGAUUAUGGAGUUGGAGGCUGAUUAUUCUGAUGGCAAUGGGAGUGAUGAGAGGAGUAUUAUGACCUCUAGUGGAUCACUUAUUGGACCUUCUGAUGAAGAAGGGGAGACGGAUACGAUGGAUUACUCCCAGGACGAUGACAGUUUGCGGCUGCGACAUUCGUCGUCUGGGUAUGGGUCCUCGCGCGAGGAUUACUAUUCUAACUAUGCUACGCCGCGGAGUCGCAUGUCUGCUGCCCCUUUUCCUAAUCGGGCGUGGUAUGAGCGUCCUUCAUCUCGGAGAAUGUUGGCGCCGCGGACACCGUCGAUGCAGUCGCUGCGUCGAGUUCGGUCGAAUGUUUCGGGGAGUUCAGGAGGGAGUGUGAUUCGGUUGGCGGAUCGGGGGGAUAUACCCUAUACUUUUGAUAAGGACUUCCGCACCGCCCCUUCGCACGAGCGUUUAUUUCAGAAGGUCGAUCCGGCCGUCGACGGUGAAGAAUGUCUGCACGACUGCUCGAGUUGCACGGUGCGGUACCCGUCGAGGUUCGACGUGGAUAUGAAGGAUAAGAUGUAUGGGAAUAUAGGAGGAUGGGCGACGCAUUUGCUCGUGGCGACGGGGAAAACAGAUUGGGUGAGAGACGUGGCAGAUGAGAAGGGGAGUUUGAUGGAAGCGAUUGAGAGGGGCGGGGUUGAGCCGAGCAAUGGGAAACUCAAAUUGUUGGCUUCGAAUAUACCGGUACCGGAUGAGUAUCAUUAUCAUGAGCCUGGGAAACAGCCGACAAAUGUGCUGCUCUUGCCCAGCUUCAGCAUCAUCGACCAUGUCACCCCCGCAUUAGCACCGGAUCUGAUCAACUAUUUCGUCAACCCGGCAAUCACCACGACCUCGCCACUAAAGACGUCAAAGGGCGAAACAAGCAGCGAUAGUGAAGAAGCAGACGACGACCAACAACGACAAUCAGACCAAGAACAGGAGCAAGAACAACAAGAAACCCCCGACAUAAAAACCCUCACACCCCUCCGCUCGCGCCCGUGUCCCCACGCCGCCGUCAUUCUUCUCUGCUCGCAGCGCACUCGCGACGUCCGCUGCGGCCAAUCUGCCCCGCUUCUGCGCAAGGAAUUCGAACGUCAUCUCCGUCCGCUAGGCCUCUACCGCGAACUCGACGACGAACGACCCGGCGGCGUGGGGAUAUACUUUGUCAGCCACGUCGGGGGUCACAAGUACGCAGCGAACGUCAUCGUAUACCGACGAAAGAACUUCGACUGUUACAAGACGUAUGACAGACAUGACUGCGACCUGGCUCAAGAGGAAGACGAAGAAGACGAAGAAGACAGAGACAGCGAAGGAGCAUCACAGGGGAUCUGGCUCGCGCGAGUCCGCCCCGAAGACUGCGAGAACAUCAUCCGGUACACGGUGCUGCAGGGAAAAGUGGUCAAACCGGGACAUCAACUGCGCGGUGGAUUUGAUCGCGAGAAAGGGUUGAUUAGUUGGUAG